CUAAUUGAAUAAUUAGAUUUAAAUCAACUGUAUAAAUAAAUUAUUAUUUCGAAUAGAUCUAGAGCGCAAUCAAUGUGUAAAGAUUUUAUUUAAUUGAUCAACGUGACAUUAAAGAGGAAUAAAGUUUUGAAUUCAUUAAAAUUGGGUUACAAUUCAAUUUCUGAAUAAACUUUUAUUGAAUGUUAUUGGAUAUAACUUUAGCUAACUGAGGAAGCAUUCACCAAAGACUCUUCUUCAAAUCUACUUCACUUCAAUUUUACACAGAAAACAAGAAAAUUAUAGGUUUUGGAACAUUUGAUUAAUUUUUUGAUAAUAUUAAUAAUUAAUAAAAGAUGGUAUUAGAAUAUAUUCUAGAUAUUCCUCCUUUGAC